GCGGCGACGGCGGCGGUGGCGGCGGCGGCGGCGGCGGCGGCGGCGGCGGCGGCGGUGGGGACGCGGCUCGCGCCGGCACCAUGAACCCGCUGUAACGCGCAGGCUGCGCGGCGCGGGGGGAGGGGGGAGGAGGAGGCCGCCGCGGCGAAGUUCUCCGCCAUGAACCUGAGGGGCCUCUUCCAGGACUUCAACCCGAGCACUACUGAGUUCCUUUUCUGGUCUGGAGUGCCAAUGUCCCAAUCAUGGUGCAGUCGUUAUCACUGUUGGCCUUGAAGCUGUUCUGCAUCCAGGAGCGUGUUGAGAGGAGUAAAUUCCUCAUCUACACCUGUCUCCUGCUGUUCUCUGUGCUGCUGGCCCUUCGUCUGGAUGGCAUCAUUCAGUGGAGUUACUGGGCUGUCUUUGCUCCAAUAUGGCUGUGGAAGUUGAUGGUCAUCGUUGGAGCCUCAGUUGGAACCGGAGUCUGGGCACGAAAUCCCCAAUAUCGAGCAGAAGGAGAAACAUGUGUGGAGUUUAAAGCCAUGUUAAUUGCCGUGGGCAUCCACUUGCUCCUGUUGAUGUUCGAAGUUCUGGUCUGUGACAGGAUCGAGCGAGGAAGCCAUUUCUGGCUGCUGGUCUUCAUGCCGCUGUUCUUCGUCUCCCCGGUGUCCGUUGCAGCUUGUGUCUGGGGCUUUCGACAUGACCGGUCACUGGAGUUAGAAAUACUGUGUUCUGUCAACAUCCUGCAGUUUAUAUUCAUUGCCUUAAGACUGGACAAGAUCAUCCACUGGCCCUGGCUUGUCGUGUGUGUCCCUCUGUGGAUUCUCAUGUCCUUUCUGUGCCUGGUGGUCCUCUAUUACAUCGUGUGGUCUGUCCUGUUCCUGCGCUCCAUGGAUGUGAUUGCAGAACAGCGAAGGACGCACAUAACAAUGGCACUGAGCUGGAUGACCAUCGUCGUGCCUCUCCUUACUUUUGAGAUCCUGUUGGUUCACAAACUGGACGGCCACAACGCGUUCUCUUGUAUCCCAAUAUUUGUCCCUCUCUGGCUUUCCUUGAUCACUCUGAUGGCAACCACAUUUGGACAGAAGGGAGGAAACCACUGGUGGUUUGGUAUUCGCAAGGAUUUCUGUCAGUUUCUGCUUGAAAUCUUCCCAUUUUUGAGAGAAUAUGGAAACAUUUCCUACGACCUCCAUCAUGAAGAUAAUGAGGAAACUGAAGAAACUCCAGUUCCAGAACCUCCUAAAAUUGCUCCAAUGUUUCGGAAGAAGACCAGGGUGGUCAUCACCCAGAGCCCUGGGAAGGACAGCCUGAACACGGAGCAUGUGGAGGGAAAGACGGACGCCCUGGAGCCUCGACCAGUGGCCUGGGACACCCCUGCCGACACAGCGACAGCUCAGGAGCCUCACCACACUACUCUUGAGCCCCAGGCCAGUCUGAACCCGUGACGGGCCCUUGUCGUGGUCCCGAGGCAGCGCCCGGUUAUGAGAGCCGCUGGUGCUGCUCCCGCCUACAUCGGUUGCCCUGGGACCUCUGUCUAGCGGCCCCGGCUGUCUCGGCAUUUUCCCGGGCACUCAGCUCGGGUGGCAUUUCAGCCCGCGGUUUGUACCUGCUGGGGAUGGAGUGAGGCCCCGCGGGGAGCCCCAGGCCACAGACUCUAUGUCCUACUUGCUGCUAAACAAAAUAGCCUCCAGUCUGGCGGUGUCUCUGCUGCGUGGAAAUCUCUGGAAACUCACUGAGUUCCACGCCCACAAUCGAGUUGGGGAGGGAGUGCUUGCGGGGAGGUGGGCCUGCACGUGGGGAGAAUGUGCUAGAAGGCUUCUCUGCAUGGCCCCCUCUUCUGGAUCCUCCAGGCCCCAGAGCCCAGAGAAGGAUCCCGGAGUUCAAACCCUGGCCACCAACCAGGACGGGUGUCCCUGCCAUCGUCAGUGGAGGAAAGAAAAGGAAGCCAGCCGGUGUGAAGCCAGCAGCCCCGGGCCUGCCCCACAGUCUGCCUGGGAGGUGGUGGCAGGGUGCAGAGGGGGGCACGUGCAGGCUGAGGAGAGGCAAGGAAGGAGAAGGCCGCCUCCUCCUCCCCUCCUCCUCCUCCUUCUCCCACCACCACUGCCCUCCUCCUCUUCCUCCUCCUCCUCCAUCUGCAGGGUGGUGGUGGGACACCUGGCUAACCUGUUCACCUAAGCAGCCAUCGGCCAUGUGGCCUCUGGGGACCCACAGCGUGGGUGGACUAGGAGGGUCUCCGAGGAGGACCUCAGCACCCUGUUGGGAUGAUGCUAAAAGGCCCGCGUGGCCCGCACCCUUGACCGUGGACGCCCGCCCCAGCCUCUGCUCCCUGCUUGAAAGCGUGCGUCCCGUUAGGGACUCUCGAGACCCACGGGCCCGGAGAAUGACCUCUGACCUCUUGAAGGACGCAGGCCAGUGGAGGUCAGCCGGCACCCGGGGAGAUAGGUGCGGGAUGGAAGGACAGUUUGGGGUUGGCCCCGGAUGUUGGGUGCGUUACUUUAAAGCCAUAGACGAGGGUCCCCUUGCCCAGGGAAGGACCGGGUGUGACCAGAAGGUUGGCGUGCCGACAGGUCACUCGUGUGGCUGGCCCUUUAUCAGGUCACUGGCUGGCUGGCUUGUGAUGUCACCCCCCAAGUAACCGGAGCCCCUUUGUGAUGUCCCCGGGCCACCCUGUUAUCAAGGGGUGCGGCCGGCCACGCCGCACUCGCAGGUCUACAGGAAGGAGGGACGUGCCGGAGCAGAGUAUGGCCAGCAAGGAGAAGCGGGGUCCGCUGGGCCCGGCGCGGGGCUUGGGGCCGCCGCCCUCCCCUCCAGAAGCUGGGGCUCCUGCCGCCGCCGUGGGCUCGGAGAGCAGCGCUCCUCCAGCACAGCCUCCCCUCACCCUGGUGCAGCC